ACCGACCACACCCAACGUAGCUAUUGUUGCUCGCGAAUUCAAUCCUUCAAUUGUUCCUCCUUCCUUUCACCCAGAUGCCAUUCUCGAUCUCUCCUUCUUCGCACUUUCUCUUCUGCAAAACUCUUCCACAUCAAAUUUUGUCGUGAGACAUCGUCAGAAAAGUGUUCUUACACUCCUCUGGAGGAUUACAAGACCACGCAACUGAUCGUUCUUACGAUACAACAACUUCUACAAAACUCUACGUCACCGACUCUCAUCAUGGGUCGAACCAAAUCUCCUGUCCUCAACACUCGCGCGCCGCCAAAACCUGUUGAAGCUGCGCAGGCGUCGGAAGCCAUGGAGACCCCCUCAGGAUCCUUCUCCUCCGUCGCAAAUUCAUCCACUUGCCCGAACUGCGGUUCUGUCUUCACUGACAUGUCUACUACGGACUUCAACAAUCACGUGGCUUCAUGCACAAGACCAAGCACCGCCGGCAGCGUCAGUUCUGAGAGCACUCUAUCUCCUCCUCCCGAAUCUCCAAGUAUUGGUCCAGCAAACGCCAUCGCUGCCCAAAAUCGAGGCGUUGAGGGCGCUUCUCGAUCUAUCGUUGACUUGGGUGGUGUCGCUGAUAAUUCACACGGUCAUGGCCAGGAUCGGCCCGUUAAUCAGCCCGUCCAAGAGCAAGACGAUGCCACCUCCACUCAAGUCCAGCAAAUCACUAACAACGAUAGUUCCAACCAAAACCAAGGCGACGAAAACUUCAAUCAAACCGUUGUCUCUCAAAAUCCUAUUCAAGAGGACGAUAAAGACAACUUUGCAAUGAUUACCAUCGCCCCCUACAUCACUGGCUCAUUUGAUCAUUAUGAGUAUGAGGCAGUCAAGGAAGACGAAAAGAAAGACGAACCGGAAGCCGAUCUGAAAGACGAUGAGAACGAUCUUGAAGAUCCCAAAGUUUCUGAUGGAUUGAAAGCUACUGAUGAGCAAGACAACUUGGAGGAUCCCGUCACGCCCAACAAUGAAAUCGACACUACCCAAGUUAUUGAAGAGGACCUUUAUGGCGCCGAUACUCCUCUUGCUGAGUCUACAACACCUCAAGUUAUCGAAGACGACAUCUACGGUGCUGAUACUCCACACGCUGACCCUUCCACUCCCCAAGUCCCUGAAGACGACAUCUAUGACGCAGAUACUCCCCGCGCUGAGACUCCCACACCCAUGUCAGCUGCUGAAGCCAUUGGUGAAUCCAUCGUCAAUGGAGUUGAAGCUAUCAAAGCCUCUGAGGCCUUGAGCACCGCUCUCCUAGAAACAGCAUCUGAUGUCAGCAAAUUGGAAGUUCCCGCCGAUUCCAACGCCGGUGGCGCAGAUAUUCCACCAUCCGCAAUCGACAGCGCAGAUCUUCCUGUACCAUCGCAAGUUACUGCCAGUUCCGACAAGCAAGUUGAUUCUGAAGUGUCUUCCCAAAUUACGGGUGACAUCGAAGAAAAGGUUGAGAGAGUUGUGAUCAAGUACAACAAAUUUACACCAGUCUCCGUUUUCCAAGACUUCUUCAAAGGUGUCGAUGAGAUGUCAUACAAGGAGUUGUAUCACCGUACCGCUGUUGUUUCCGACGUCUUGAUGGCAUAUCAAGAUGAGUUUGAUGAUGUCAAUAAACAGCUCUACAAUUACGAGCAGAGAAAAGCCUUCCUGAAGGAAGUUGCCGAUGAAAAGAAGAAGGCGGACGAGGACCAGAAGAAGAUCGAUAACAAAGAAUCUAUUCUCACGGAAGACAGCUUGUUGACGGAUCUGUACUGGAAGUAUCAAGAAAAGUUGAAGCUUAGAGGCAGCCGAUGGCUCGCAUUCUUGGUCGAGUAUGAACAGAAUGGUGGCGAACCACAAGAUGUCGAGCGUCUCAAGAAGCUUCAUGAGCCGCUCUUUUCCACUGCUCUGGCAAAGAGACAGCGCGCAUCCAAAAAGGAGGCAGCAAAACCAGUGAAGGAGAAGCUCGUCAAUGGAGACUUGCCUCCGUUGAAGAAGGCCGACCACGAGCCUCAUUUCAAAAGACGCAAGAUCCUCCAAGAUCGUGUUGUAUUUGACGAGAAGAAGCAGUCGGAUAUUUACCAACAACCCUAUAAUUCGAAGAUGACUGGCAAUCAGAAACUCUUGGAUCGAAAUGCCGUAGGCUUUGGAGAAGACGUAUUCAACGAGAACGGCCGACCCAAGAGAAGCACCGCCAAGCGCGCAUUUUAUGAUACAGAACAGAGCGACACAGCUCCCGAUACCGAACCCGAAAACCUCCCGGCCAAGCGUGCGCGCACCAGGAGAGUCUUGGAUGAUGGCAUCGCAUCCCCCGGUCGUCCUCAAACCUUUUUCGCAUCUCGCGACGGCACACCUGCCAGACUGUUUGCUUCUGGUAAGAGAGUUGGCCGCCCACCAGGUUCGAAGACUAAGAACCCAGGUGGCAAAGGUCAGUCGAAACUCAACACCGUCCAAGUUGCCGAGCCGUCCGAAUUCGAGGCAGAUGAUGGUGAAGCACAGAACAGCCAAGUUGAAUCCCAUGCUCAGGAACUUGAACCAGCACAAGAAGAACAGCUCCAAGCUGCAGCAUCUUCUCUCGUCGCUCAAACUGUAGUAGAGGCAAAUGCCGCUGCAGGAGGACCAGUCAAGAAAAAGCAUGCUGGAGGUAGACCAAAGAAGAAUAUCGCAGUUGAAGAAUCCCUCACUGGCCCAUCAAGUGCUCCAGCCGAAGAGAUCCCAAUCGCACCAAAGCCUAAGAAUAAAGGCGGACGUCCUCGAAAGCAUCCGGUUCCUGCAGGUGGAGCCAAAGCUCGUGGGGGUCGUGCCAAGAAGCAACCUGCUGAUGAACAACCUACUGUUCAAGCCGGCGAGGAGGAGGAAGUUAUCCAAUCUACGGAGCAUGACAAUGAAUCAUUGUUUCCAUCGACGUCUACAUCAAGACCGACUACAUCAUCUUCUGGUGGGACCGACGCUACAUUUGACGGACAUCAACCUCGUCGUACUGCCACGCGCGGAAAGUCUCAGGCUCAAAGCGCAUCCGUUAACCUUGAAGAUGAGCUUAAUGCCCCAGGUCCAUCUGUCUCAACAAACGGCAGAGGAAAGCGUAGCAAGCGCACUGUUACUGGAGAGGACACCCAACCCGCAGAACCCUUUGAAUCGGCGGCUCAGAGCGGCGACAGCGACGGAGAGAACAUCGUCGUCGACACUUAUCGUCCCGGUCUCCUCGAGGAAGUUACACCACCAAAGAAGCCCAUUCGAAAGGCUGUCCGUGCCAAGAAAGGCAAGGCUAAUACACAAUCCGCCCUUCAACAUAUCGCACCUCAAGAAGUCACCCCAGAGCGCACUGGCGAGGCUUCAAACAAUACUACCGGAAGACCAAAACGCAAGAGAACCGCUGCUCUUCCUGAAUCAUCUAUCGACCCCGACCAACUCGGCGAGUUCCUCUCUGAUGACGACGGUGAAACCCCACCACCACCCAAGAGACGCAACGCACGAGGAGGCAGAAAGGGCAAGUCCUUCAAGCGUGAGCAGACGACUGACAUUGAUACUGGAAUUGAAGGCGACAGUUCCGUACCUCCAUCGAGGAAGCGAGCUGCUCGUGCUGUUACGAAGAGAAGAGCCAUCAAGCAAGAGAUGGUUGACGAGGAUUCAAGUGGUGACAGCCAAGUCCCACAACCCCCCAAGACCCGCAAGUCACGCACAAAUACAUUGAUCAUCGCCGAAGGAGCUAACCCAAUGGCUGUCCAAGGCGGCAGCAUUGAGGGAGAGAUCGGUGAAGGUUCUGCACCUGCACCCAAGAAGCGCAAUGUUUCAGGAGGCAAACAGGCUGCUAAGGAUGUUGAGAUCGUCGGAGAGAAUGUUGUGUCAAAGAAGCGCAAGUUACCAGCGAUUAGUAAGGGCAAAGGUGCCGCAUUGGGAGAUAUCUUUGAGCCUGGAUCUAUCAUGAACGAGGGGGUCGAUGUCCACAAUGGCGACGAGAAUGCUGGUUUCGAGUUGGAUGGCCACGACGACAUGGGUGACGCAGAAUCUGCACCUCCGGCUAAGAAGCGCAAGACUCGCACAGUCAAGGGCAAGGCGGCGAAGACGGAGUCAAGUGGUGACUUCGAAGACAGUGAGGAUUACGCUGGCAUGGACCCAGCUGAGGCCGAGCUCCUGAAGAAGAAGAAGCGAAAGAGCAAGAAGCUUGCUGAUGCUACGAAGGCACGAUGGGCCAGUGGUUUGAUGAAGGGACCGAUGGAGAAGCGCAAGGCGACCAAUGCUGCGAAGAAGGCUGCGAAGUUGGCUGCCAAGCAGGCGAUUGAGGGUGGCAUUGCUCCUGCUGGCGUUGCUGGACCUGCAGAUGUUGAUAUGGAUAUGGGAGGAGCACCUGCUGCACCUGCACCUGUUAUAGGUCAAUGGCAGGCUUUUCAAGGAGGAGAUAUCACUGCACCAGUUACGGGUAGAGGUGGAGGUGGAGGCGGAAGUGGAAGUGGAACUAUGGAGAAUACUGGAGUCGCUCCGGCAAUGGCUCCUCCUGCACGUUCGAGCACACGAGUCCGAAAGCCGACUAGUCGGGCCAUGGGCCUUGAUGGUGCUGAUGAUUCCGAGGAAGAAGGCAUGCCCCAGAGCGAGUAUGAUCGAUUUCAAGCAUUGUCGUCUCCCAAGGGAGGCUUUGAUUUGGGAAAGAGAGCCAGAAAGUCCUAUAUUGGAUUUGAAGAUGAAGACAGCUCCUAAAUGGUCGGGUGAUUGUCAUUCCAGUUGCUGUCUUUCUCCCAAGGGCGGGUUUUAUUUGGGAAAGAGAGCCAGAAAGUCCUAUAUUGGACACGACAAUGAAGACAGCUUUUGCAUGAUCGAAUGAUUGGUCAUUUGUAAAUAGAAGACCCAGAAUGCUUUGCAUCAUGAAACGAAAUGAAAUGAAACAUAAAUAAUAAAACCAAAGUGCC